GCCACAUGAUUACUCAAUAUAUCAUAAUGCACAUGUUAUUAUUAUUAUUGUAACGGAUCCCCGAAUGUCAUUCGGCGUGAGACUUUACUGCUGGUGAACUUCUUUAUUUCCUUUCUUUUGUAGUAUAAACAUGAACCAAAACUCUUGAAUAAAAACCACCUUGUCACCACCGUAAGAGCAUUAGCCUCAUACGGGUCCAUUAAAACUAUGAAAACUUAAUAUCAAAUGCGCAUCCGUCCGUCACCCUUAGCCGUACCGUCAAGUUUGUAUAUGAACAUAAAAUAAAGGUGCGCUUCCUUUUAACAUUUCAAAAUAAAAGUCCAAUUUAGCUCAAAGCGGAAGUAGAUUAAAACAUAUACAAAAUCAUUAAAACAAUACAAUAUAAAAAGGCAUACAUCAAAACCAAUAAAGCAGAUACAAAAUAAGGCAAUCAACACGAAACAAUAAACCUUUUAAGGGGUUAUUUACAAUUAAUAAGAACGUUUCUUAUUCAUAGCUUCAAUUGUUCAACUUGAGAUGCAUUUAAGAAUUGAAUUAAGGCUUUUUUAUUUAUUAUUUAAUUGUUUAGUUUGAAGUUUUUUUUAGGGGUCGCUGAUGUGUACAGUGAAUGAGACGUGAGGGUUAUUUAAGGGUUAAAAAAAACGCCUGCGCUGCCUCUGAGACCACGCCCCCUUUGGGUGACUCAUCAUAACAGGAAGCAGGAAGUGCCUGGCUCUCGGCUCGUGUAUAUAUCCGUCGCAGGAGUCUGAGUCAGAGCAAAACAGAACGGCGUCAGCAUGGCAGGCCGGCUCUCUCUCACCGAGAUGGACCUCUCCUGUUCCAUUUGCUGCGAGAUCUUCCGCGACCCCGUGGUCCUGAAGUGCAGCCACAGCUUCUGUGCACCCUGUCUGCAGCGGUACUGGACCCAGGGGCCGCGGCAGCGCGACUGCCCCCUGUGCCGGAGCCAGAGCGUGGACGAGCCCGUGCCCAGCCUCACCCUCAAGAACCUGUGCGAGGCCUUCAUCCAGGAGGGCGAGGGGCCCGAGGACCCCGCCGGGGAGCUGUACUGCGAUCCGGGCGACAUGUGCCCUCUGCACGGCGAGAGGCUCAAGCUCUACUGCGUGCCGGACCAGGAGCCCAUCUGCGUGGUCUGCCACACCUCGAGGAAGCACAAACUGCACGACUGCUGCCCCGUCGGCGAGGCCGUCGCGGACGUGAAGGAGAAGAUGAAGUCCGCCCUCGGCUCAAAGCAGGAGAAGAGGGACGCUUUUGACAAGAUGAAGAAGACCUACGAGGAAGCUGUGGAAUGCAUUCAGGUCCAGGCUCGCUUCGUGGCGAGACGGACCCGGGAGGAGUUCGAAAAGCUCCACGGCUUCCUCGACGCCGAGGAGGAGGCCAGGAUGGAGGCGCUGAGGGCGGAGGAGGAGCAGAAGAGUCGAGCGGUGAGGCAGAAGAUCGAAGAAAUAGUCGUGAAGAUGGCGUCCCUGUCCGAAUCCAUCCGAGUUCUGGAGGAGGAGCUGGCGCUGCAGGGCAUCUCUGUCCUUCAUAAAUGCAAGACGACGUUGACGAGAGCCAGCAGCCCGAUGGAAGAUCCAGUCAUGGCCCCCGGAGCGCUGCUCGACGUGGCCAAACAUCUGGGGUCCCUGAGCUUCCACGUGUGGGAGAAGAUGCACAAAACCGUCAAAUUCACUCCGGUGACUCUGGACCCGAACACCGCCGCCCCGUGGCUCGUCCUGUCGGAGGACCUCUCCAGCGUCUGCGACAGCGACGAAAAGCAGAAGAUGCCCGACAACCCGGAGAGGUUCGACCCCGACGCGGGCGUGCUGGGCCGCGAGAGCUUCACCUCGGGCAAGCACGCCUGGGUCGUCAACGUGGGCGGCAACACGGCGUGGGUCGUGGGCGUGGCCAAAGAGUCCGUCGAGAGGAAGGAGAAGGUGUCUUCGGUGCUGAAGAACGGCUACCUGAGCGUGUACUUUUACCACCAGAUGUACUUCGCGGGCACCUCCCCCUUAACGAGGCUCAACCUGAAGAGGAAGCCGCAGAGGGUCCGCGUGCAGCUGGACUGCGACAAGGGCCGCGUGUCGUUCUACGACGACGACACGCACAUCUACACCUUCAAGCACGUCCUCAGCGAGAGAGUGUUCCCGUACUUCUGGGUGGGUUGUCAGGAGUGCCCUCUGACGCUGGAGCCGCUCGAGGUUUCCGUGAAGGCCGUGGAAUACUUCUGAAAGUGCCGAGUUUACAAAAGGAAUGGGGAGUUUUUUUAAUUUAGUUUUAUUUUCCACACAGUAUGAGGGAAACAUUCAGAAUCUAAAGCCACUUUGCUUCAUUUCAGCACUUUAUUUUUGCAGGUUCAAUGAGAUGUCUUUUACGACCAGCAUGUGUCUUUAUAUAACCGCUAAAUGAAUGUUUUUUUGUUUGUACACGAUUUGAUCUAAUGCACUUUUAACCUAUAUUUUAAAUAGAGUCCUAUUUCUUCUAAAUUGUUUUUAUUUUAACCCUUGUGUUGCCUUCGGGUCAUUUUGACCCGAUUCAAUAUUUAAUGUUGGUGUUCUUUCGGGAGUCAACAAACAAACAUAAAGUACCUCACACUUAAACUUGGAAAACAAUAUUAAUUCUAAUAAUUUUCUGGUGAUUUUAAUAGCUGGGGUCAUAUUGACCUCAAGGGUAAAAUAUGUUAGUAAAUAUAAAGGUAACAGGAGGGUGAAACAUUGAAUCGGGUCAAAUUGACCCGAAGGCAACACAAGGGUUAAGUAAGUGGCUGUGAUUUAAUGAAUCGAAGUUUGUUGCAUGGCGGACGGGAUUUUGUUUAGUGCAAACACUAAAUAUGCUUUAAGUGCAAAUACUACGAUAAGAAUACUAAACUACGAAUAAAUUAUUUGAUAUCAA